GAAGGUAGUGCCUUGUUGUGAAUGGCGAAUGAGGACCUCAUUAUUUCACACAGAUUUCGAAAACACGUAUUAUGUCUUUUGCUAUGUUUACCUAGACGACAUCGUGUCUUUUUGGACACGUGUCUCGUUUUUCCUGUUUGCUUUAGCCAAUUUGUAUUUUCAUACACUGACGUGAGCAACGACUACUGGUGAAAAAUGGACGAAUCCAUCAAAGAUUUCUCCAAGUUAAUGCAAGUUGCCAACGAGAACAAGCAAAACGGUGGAAACAAAUCGGGCCGGUACUUAACAACCUCUUUCAAGCCCCCCAAGAAGGAGACGCGCAAGGAUGCCGCCCUGACCGCUGGCGUCAAAAAGUACCUGGCGCAAAAAGAUGAAGAAGCGCGAAUGUUGAAAGAGAAGGAAGACGAGAAAAAAAGGCUAUUGCUUGAGAAACGUUCAGAGGACUCAAAAGCCGUGAAAAGGGUACAGCUCAUGAGAAAGUCGGCUAAAUCGGCUAGCAAAUCUGUGAUGUCAGAUGCUGUUCAGGAUACCCUAGAUGCUGUCAGGCAGCCAGACGAAGAUGACUAUGGCUUUUCCUCGGCCACCGAGCAAGCAAUGUACGCCAAAAUGAUGCAGGGCUAUGCAUCUGAGAACAAAGCCAAGACGGUGGUUCCUUCGAGAAAGCCUGCCAACAACCUGAACGCCACCAGAGCUCGCGUACAGGAGGCCCUAGAACGCGAGCAAAUGGAGGCAGAGCAGCCCCACCGGCGCAAAAGGAAACAGAAAACAGAUCUUGACAGGGGCUAUGAUGGCUUCAGCGACCAUGAAGAGCUGCCAGCUCCAGUAAAAACCAAAAAGGCGCCAGUGCCUAUUAUGGAUUUCAAUGAAAUUUUACGUCAGGCUCAUAAAAACAAAGACAGACCAAUGCUAGAUGAAGAACUAUUACGACCUGCCCCUGUCAAAAAGGCUCCUGAAGAGUCUGAAAGACCGAUGACCAAGAAGCAAAGGUUGGAGUAUCUCAAGGAAAAGGAAUACUUAGAAAAGAAAGCUGAGAGAGAUAAAAUGGCUAAAAUGUUGCAAAAAGCCGCUCCUAGUAGUCAGUUAGGCUUUGGCCGCAUUCCAAAAAUACCCAAGCUCUCUACGCCUGAGGACUCCACUGAAAAAUCACCCAAGCCUGCUGAGAAAUCAAAGGGGCAGCUGCCCCCAGCAAAGAAUGCAGAUAAAAGCUCGAUCCUGGAGAAAAGACUCACUGCCCCCGAAAAGAAACCAAAUCCCACUGCCAUGAAGCCUAGCAAAGUGCCUGAAAAGUCCAUGCCUCAAAAUACAAAACCUCCAUCAGAGGCCCGAGCCCCGAUAAACUUGCCCCAGCGGCCAACAGAGAAGCCUCGCUCUCAGCCACCUAACCGGCCGCAGCCAAAUGCAAGAAUUGACUCCAAAGCCAUUCCGCAAACACCAUCAAGGUCUGGUUCAGGUCAAACUAUAUCUAAACCUGGAGUGAGACCACCAGGAGGACAGUCAAGACCAACACAGCCUCUGACAAAACCCCCUCCAAAGCCGCCUAUCACAGGUCAAAGUAGGCCACCAGUAGGAGGGUCUUCAAGACCUCCAUCUGGUCCUUCUAGACCAUCAGAAGCUCCAAGACUUCCCUCUGGUCCUUCUCGACCAUCACAAGCUCCAAGACCUUCCUCAGGCCUCUCUAAACCUUCCUCAAGCCUCUCUAGACUUUCCACAGGAACUCCAAGACCUCCUCCAGGGCCUUCUAAGCCGUUAUCUGGGACGCCACGUCCUGCCACAGGUCCUUCUAAACCCCCAUUAGGACUACAGAGAUCUUCCACUGGUCCUCCAAGACCAUUAUCAAGACCGGGAAGUUCCAACGGUCGGCCGAGUCCAGCCAACAGACCCAUGAUGGGUCGACCCACAGGAAAUGGAUACCCACCUAGACCGCAAAAUAUGUCAAAACAUAAGAAGAUGGUCAUUACCAGCGACUCCGAGUAUGAUUCCGAGAUGGAUGAUUUUAUUGAUGACACCCCACAGGAGGGAAACGUUGACGUCAGUUCCAUGAUACAGGCUAUGUUUAAAUACGAUAAGACAAAAUUCGGUGACACUGAGGAUGAUGCCUGCAUGGAAUCAAGUUAUGGGCAAAUUAGCCAAGAAGAGUUCAAAAGCGCCAAAAUAGGAUUGAUGGAGGAUUUGGCCGAUAUUGAGAGGAAGAAGAAAUUGAAAAUGGCUGCAAAGAAGCGCAAGGAACAGAAAAAGUAAAUACUUUACCUGGGAUAUUGGGAGCGAGUGAUAAUUUCAAGCCUGUCAAUGCGAUAUUUUUAUGAUUUUUUUCCAGAAGGUAAUAAACUUACAAGCCUAUUCAUAAUAUCGA